AUGACAAAAGGCGUCGCAGUCGUGACAGGGUCAGCCCAGGGGCUGGGCAAGGCCAUUGCCAGCCGUCUCUCCCGCGACGGGUUCGCGGUGGUGAUCAACGACCUCGCGAGCAAACAAGCCCAGAUCGAUGCAGUGGUGAAGGAGAUCGAGGCGUCGGGAGGCACAGCGAUCGGCAUCGCCGCCGACGUGACCAGUCGCGCAGAGGUCCAGAAUCUCGUCGACCGGGCGACCGAACAGCUGGGGGAGCCUUUACAGGUCAUGGUCGCCAACGCCGGCCUCGCCCAUGCAGACGGCAUCUUCGAGCUCAGCGAGGAGCACGUCCAGCGGAUCCUGAAUGUCAACAUCGUCGGCGUCUUCAACUGCUUUGUCGUCGCGGGCAAGAAGAUGGUGGACCAGCGCAAGGGCGGCAAGAUCAUGGCGGCGUCGAGCAUCGCCGCAUUCAAGGGCAUGGCUCUGGUCUCGGCAUACACGGCGUCAAAGUGGGCUGUCAGGGGUCUGACUCAGACCUUUGCCGUCGAGUUAGGCGCCCUAUCCAAGGACCACGAGAAAACCAUCAACGUCAAUUGCUACGCUCCGGGAGUCGUUGGUACACCCAUGUGGUCGGUCAUGGUCGACAAGUUGCAAGAAAUGCGCGCCCCGAAGCGCGAGGGUAAGACGUACAUCGAAGAAUUCGCUCUGAACCUCACUACGCUGGGCAGAGUCUCGGUGCCCGACGACGUGGCGAACGCGGUGAGCUUUCUAGCUGGGCCGGACUCGGACUGGGUCACUGGACAGAGCUUGGUCGUCGAUGGCGGAAUUGCGUUCAACUGA